AUGUCUAAAGGCCUGCGUGAACAUGGUCCAGUUAUUAUGGUCAAACGGAACGGCAAUAAAGAGAUGCUUGUUUCAGAUCAAUAUGCGCGACGAAUCCUAACGGAAGAUAAGACAUUCAGUUUUGAAAAUGGAAUGGCAAAGGUUUUGGGUAUUAACUGGCUGAUCAACCUCCAUGAAGGUUCUUUCUUUCGUGACCUGGAUACCAUCGCAAGAGAUUUCUCGGGCCGACGUUUGAACCAAGUGAUUCCUAAAGUAUGGCCAAUUUUCGAGCGUGCUGUUUCAGAGGUAGCCGCGGCCGCACGCCAUAAAAAACCUACUGAUAUCAAGCCAAUAUUGCAUUCCACCCUCGCCGAAGUAACAAUUACCAUCUUUCUAGGUCAGAAAUAUGUCAACCCAGAAUAUUCGAAGAGUGUCAUCGCGCUCUCCAGAGAUAUCUCAGAGCUAAUGGGAUUGGUCCCUAAUAAACCGUUUUGUGCACGAAAAUUGCCUCUCCUGUGGCAAAUUUACACUUGGAUUAGAAUUAUGCUGAUUCGAAUCCCGUGGGAUUUUGGACGGAAAUUUGCCGGAGAAUUAUGGACGGAUAUCUCUGCCAAACAAACCCCUUGUGAUACCAAAGAUGAAACGAUCGUGGAGUACCUUAUUCGUCGAUAUGCAUCUAAGAAUGGUUAUGUGCCCAUUGCAUCGAGGAUAUGGAUUAUUGUGUUAAUAAUUACCAUUGCAUUCGUCAGUGUCCACCAAACAGUUGCCACAAUUAUUUGGAUUACAUAUUACCUAGCGCUCCACCCCGAGAGCCAGAAAGCUAUUCAUAGUGAAAUUUCCUCUAUUAUGAGCAGCCAGGAGGGCACCACGUUUGAUUCUUCUGAUAUGGCAAAAGCAGUUGUUACUGAUUCUUUCAUUCGUGAAGUCCUGCGAAUGAAAGGAGACACGAUUAAUGUCGCCAGACUUACUGUUAAAGAGGUCGAAAUGGCCGGUUAUAGAAUUCCCAAGGAAAUCAAAAGUUGGGUUCUCGCUUUGCUCAAGCAUUCGCGCAUAGAGCUCGAGGGUGGGAAGUUUGAGGUGAUUAAUUGGUAUAAUAUCGCCAGUGUUCCACCGCAAGGGCGUCUUUUGCUUGAGGAUUACGAGUAA